GCACCAGCAAACCAAAAAGGAGACGACGAAGAACGAAAAAUUCGAACGAGUGAACCGCACAGUUUCAAGAUGGUGUUUUCGAAGUUUGGUUUUAUUUUGCUAAUGGCAGCCCAUUUCGCGCAAGGCGACAUCGGCAGCCUCAUGUUGGACGAAACGAUGGAUCUGGAAGCCUAUCAGCCAAAUCGCGAUCUUCCAAUACAAAACUCGAUCGAAACACAUCCGAGGAGACAUUCAAAAUCUAAGAGAAGAAUGAAACGGAGGUAUAAAUGCUACAGUUGCGAGCCGCCUGACUGUGCGGACACGACGGCCCAUGCCCACCUGUGCCAGAACGCCAUCCAGUGCUGGAAGUCUCGGACACGUGACAACUACGGUCGGGAGAGUGUUUCCCGGGGCUGUACCACAACCCACGAACAGUUGCCACUGUACUGCAACCAAAACCUGGUGACCAGCAGCAACGGCAAUGGUGGGCCGAAGAAGCGUCACACCACCGGGACGUACAACAUCGAAUGCUGCACCGGGGAUUACUGCAACGAUGGGAACUUCCCAGAACUGCCAACGCUGCAACAUCCAGAGGACGUCAAGAAGCUUGAAACGCAAACCUAUUAUUUGAAGCUGGCGGGAGCCAUUCUUGGACCGAUAGUGGUUCUUUUCAUUCUAUUAUCGAUUGGUGUGCUGUUUCUCAGGAGGAAUCAUCACAAGAGGCUUAUGGCAUCCCGAAGCAAACAUGAUCCGGAAACGUACUAUUCCAGUGAUGAAAUUUUGAGGGCAACCAGCGCCGGGGACAGUACACUGAGGGAAUAUCUUCAACACUCGGUGACGUCCGGUUCCGGUAGUGGUCUGCCUUUGCUGAUUCAGCGAACGUUGGCGAAACAGGUGUCGCUUUGCGAAUGCAUCGGUCGGGGUCGCUACGGUGAAGUGUGGCGUGGCACGUGGCAUGGCGAGAGUGUUGCUGUCAAGAUUUUCUUCUCCCGCGAUGAGGAUUCCUGGAAGCGGGAAACCGAAAUCUACAGCACUGUCCUAUUGCGCCACGAAAACAUCCUUGGCUAUAUCGGCUCCGAUAUGACUUCCCGAAACUCCUGCACCCAGCUGUGGCUUAUCACACACUACUACCCGCUGGGAUCGCUUUUCGAUCAUCUGAACCGAACUGCCUUAACCCAUCACCAGAUGGCAACCAUUUGCCUGUCGAUCGCCAACGGAUUGGUGCAUCUACACACCGAGAUCUUCGGAACUGAGGGCAAACCAGCAAUCGCUCAUCGGGACCUGAAAACGAAAAACAUUCUCGUGCGUAUUAAUGGUACCUGUGUAAUCGCCGACUUUGGACUGGCCGUCACUCACAGUCAAACGACGAAUCGAAUCGAUGUCGGUAAUACUGCCAAGGUUGGAACCAAGCGAUACAUGGCACCGGAAGUGUUGGAUGAUAGCAUCAACAUGGAGUGUUUCGAAUCUCUCCGCAAAGCGGACAUCUACGCGAUUGGUUUGAUGUUCUGGGAAAUAUGUCGCCGAACACUGUCCAACGGAAUUGCCGAGGACUACAAGGUACCGUACUACGAUUGCGUCACGUCCGAUCCGAGCUUCGAAGAGAUGAGAAAGGUAGUCUGUGGCGAUAAUUAUCGGCCGUCGAUCCCGAACCGAUGGGUUUCCGAUACGCUCCUAUCCGGUAUGUCCAAGCUAAUGCGCGAGUGCUGGCACGCGAAUUCCAACGUCCGACUGCCGGCGCUUCGAAUCAAGAAAACGCUACUGAAACUGGCCACCUCGGAUGAAACGGUCAAGCUCAACUACGAUGGUGAAAUUUGUGUUUGAUGGCAGUUACGAUCAACGAUAUUCAUCGUUUGCGUUCAAUCAUCAUUCUCAACACUAACCAUCACCAUCCUCAUGUUCAUCGCAAGCUGAGGUCCAACAUAAGGAACCCUUGUAGUGUUAAUGACCAGAGAUCGACCAUAAAUGGUAAAAGGUAUAUCAUACUCACAUCGUCAUCAUAAUAUCAAUCAAUGUUGGUGUUUCACGAAGCAUGUGCGGUGAGUUCCAAAUUCGGAAUCAAGAUUGCUCGCGACUAGCGCGACAUGAUGAGAGGCUGUUAGAGAGAAAACUUUUGGACAAGACAUCGAGGUAUGAACGGAUUGAAUGAGUGAUUCCUUAGUGGUUCCAGUGAAUUUAUUACUGUACAUAUUUAUACAACCGUUAAAAUUAGUUAUUUAGAGCAGUUGAUGCUAAAAUAUCGAUUGCAGAUUUUUUUUAGACAGACUGACUUCUCUGCAAAGUGUCUAACAUUGCAAUAGUCUUAAUUUUAUGUUUUUUUAAACUCCUUCGAAAUUAGUAUUAAGUGGGAUUUUCGGCAUCUUCCUUCUGUCCGAGUUGUUCGCGUGUUUAACCGAUAGACGGAGACAAUUAAUCAUGAAAAAAAAAUCAAACAAGUUAGUUUAGACUUUCAUUCCCCCAAAGCCAUACAAAUCUGUCUUGUAGUUUAAGCGUAGCACCUAGUUUAGAGUAUAGAAGAGCGACAGCAAAACUGGAAUUCGUGUUUCAUAAUAAAUCAUCAGUUCAGUAUUAUUAACUGAAUGCGUAUAGGGAUUAUAAUCAGAGCAUACACAAUGAAGUGAUAGGUAUUUACAGAACAAGAUUAAAAAAAACAAACAAUAAAACGAAAGCAGUCGAUAUUAGUACGCAGAAAAGACUCAUGUCGUUUCAAAGAUAACUAUUACAGAGGAUGGUACUAAACGAGAAACGUGAUAAAGUCGCUCAUGUUGAUUGGUGACAAAGCCUACAUAAUAAUGGCCUUAUUUUGGAUGCAUUUUUUUCUUUGCAAAAAGAUUCAAAUGACUUUUUAAAUUAAAAACAUUCUUUACUGAAUUUGGCUAUGGAAAAACAAAAUUGACAGCUUUAGAGUAAUUCUCCAAGGAACCCAAUUUCUACUCAUAGUUUCUGAAUCAAGCUGUAUCGAAAAAGUAGAAAUCUAACACAACCUUCGCCUCUAUUUGUUCAACUGCGUGCAACUGGUUAUCAGUUUUAGUGUUUAUAGAUUUAACAUUUGACUAGCCCGUAAGCGAUAUAUUUAUACAAUAUUGAAAUAUCCAACAAAACACAGAAAAGCAAAUCAUUAAAGUAUAUUGUAGUCGUAGAAGUUAUACGAUAGAUUGAAAUGUUGUUUCUCGUUCGGUUAUCAGAAUCGUAUCAUGUGGAUGAAAACAUAAAGAAAAAGAUUUCCUUUUUUUCGUUCUUUUAAGCAAUUAUAACAAUAAUAGACAUAUAUUUUAGUUAAUGAUUUGA